AGAGCCCCGGGCUCGCCCUGCAGCCCCGCCGCCCGCGCGGUUUCUGUCGCUUUUCUCGCCUCCUGCCUCGUGCCGCGACUUGUCCGCUCUCGCCCGCAGAAAACCUUCACCCCCAACAUAAUCAGCAGGAAGAUCAAGGAAGAGCCCAGAGAGGAUGUCACCGUCAAGAAGGAGAAGAAGGAGCGGGACCGGGACCGGCAGCGCGAUGGGCACGGCCGGGGCCGGGGCCGGCCCGAGGUCAUCCAGUCCCACUCCAUCUUCGAGCAGGGCCCGGCCGAAAUGAUGAAGAAGAAAGCCGGCUCCUGGGACAAGGCGGUGGACAUGUCGGACUUCGGCCCUUCGCACAUCAUCAACAUCAAGAAGGAGAAGAGGGAGACGGACGAGGAGACGAAGCAGAUCCUACGCAUGCUGCAGAAGGACGACUUCCUGGACGACCCGGGGCUGAAGAACGACAUCCGCAACAAGCCGGUGCAGCUGCCGCUCGCCCACUCGGGCUGGCUCUUCAAGGAGGAGGCGGCGGAGGAGCAGGAGGACGCGCAGCCCUGGCUGCCCAAGGAGGACAAGACGGAGCCGGACCCGCCGGUGAAAGUGAAAGAAGAGCCGUGCGACGAGGACCCCCUGCCCGCCACCAAGCCGGCGCGGGGCCCCCCCGGCUUCCCGCGGGACAUCCCGGUGGCCGAGCUGCUGCAGAGGCUGAGCCUGGCGGCCGAGGACGAGCUGCUGUUCCUGCAGCUCCCCGACACGCUGCCCGGGCAGCCGCCCACGCAGGACACCAAGCCCGUCAAGACGGAGCUGCAGACCGAGGAAGGGCAGGUGGUGGUGGUGAAGCAGGAGAAGAGCCAGGAGGCGAGGCAGGCGGAGAACACGUGCACCCUGGCCGACCUCCCCGAGGGGCAGGUGGGGAAGCUGCUGGUCCGCAAGUCGGGGAAGGUGCAGCUGGUGCUGGGCAAGGUGACCCUGGACGUGACCAUGGGGACCCCCUGCUCCUUCCUGCAGGAGCUGGUGUCGGUCGGCAUCGGGGACAGCCGCACGGGCGAGAUGAUCGUCCUGGGCCACGUGAAGCACAAGCUCGUCUGCUCCCCGGACUUCGAGGCCCUCCUGGAGCACCGGCACCGGUAGCCCCACGGAGCAGGGGGGGGGCAGCGAGCCAAAGGUGUCCCCGGUACCUGCGGUGCCCCCCCCUGCGGGCUGUGGAGAGGGGUCUUCGGCAGCCGGAUCCGACCUCGGUGCUGUGCGCCCUGCGGGGGCUGCAGCUCUGCGCCCCCCACCCCCCAAAAAAGAGUGGGGUUUGUGGGGCGGGGGAUUUGGGGGGUCCCCCCCCCGGGCUCUGCGUGCGCCCUGGGGGUGGUGGGAUGCUGGUGCCUGGGGAGAAACGCAAUAAAAAUGGCUUUCCUCCUG